GUUUUUGGUGCACUAGCAUCUGAACCAUUUAAAGUGAGUGAUGGCUUUUAUGGGACUGGAGAGACCUUUAUGUUCACUUUUUCUCCAGAUUUUGAGGUUUUCAAAUGGACAGGAGACAACAUGUUCUUCAUUAAAGGAGACAUGGACUCCCUUGCUUUUGGUGGAGGAGGGGGAGAGUUUGCUCUUUGGCUCGAUGGUGAUCUCUACCAUGGAAGAAGUCAUUCAUGUAAAACAUUUGGGAAUCAUACACUUUCUAAGCGAGAAGAUUUCAUUAUUCAAGACAUAGAAAUCUGGGGUUUUGAAUGAGGAUUUAACUAUUUCUACAGGGUAUUGUCCCAAACCUGACAAGAAUCAGUGCAGCUCAAAAAUCCCUGGGAGCAAUAUAAUGCACCGUUUACCUUUUUGAUUUU